CGUCACGGACGCUGCAGCCUCCGCCAAACUUCCGCCGAAGAAGAAAAGGCGAAAGUUAGCAAGAAGACCUGAGAGGACAAAGCGCCUGGUUGACAGAAUUGAGUUUAACCGCGAAAAGACAAGCUUAAAAUGUCGUUUUACAAAGAGUUUGUCAGGGAACGGUUGAUGCUGGCAGCGGAUGAAAUAUUCCAAAUGUUUGAAAGAACAAUGGCGUCCUUCGAGGAGGAACUUUCUCUCACAAAAGGGGAGAACGAGCGACAACGACAACAACUGGAAAGCUUUUGCAAGACUGAAAUGGCGUUACAUGUCGAGGACGUCCAGCCACUGUUUGGUCGUCAAGAAGACCACCCCUGUCAGCCGAAGGAGGGGAGCUCUACUUUGGUGCAGGAGGAGCCACAGCCCCCCCACGUUAAAGAGGAGGCGGCGGACGAUGAAGUCUGGACCACUCAGGAGGGAGAGUGUCUUCUAGAACUGGAGGAGACUGACCUCGCCAAGUUUCCACUGACUGUUGUCUCUGUGAAGAUAGAAGACGAUGAAAAGAAACCACAGGCAGACAACCACUUAGCUCCGCUAUCAGAUAGUGACAACUCCAUUGAGAACAGAGACAGGAACGACACUCAGGAACCUAUGAGCUGCGGUACAGACUGUGAAAGUGAUGUGAGCGCUCACCCUGACAGCAAACACGCUGAUAACAAGACCGGUAAAGAACGAUUCACCUGCUCAGUUUGCGAGAAACGAUUUUCGUACAAUUGCGAUUUUACUCGCCACAUGCGGACGCACACCGGCGAGAAACCCUUUGUUUGCUCAGUUUGUGGUCAUAAAUUUUCUGAGAAUUACAUUUUGACUGAACACAUGAGAACGCACACAGGAGAAAAACCUUUUAACUGUUCAUUCUGCGAUAAAACAUUCUCUCAGAAGUCAAACAUGGUGUCACACAUGAGAACUCACACGGGGGAAAAACCUUUUAGUUGCUUGAUUUGUGGUAAACUAUUUUCUCAACGGUGCAAUUUGAAUUUACACAUGCGAACGCACUCCACAGAAAAACUUUUCAGUUGCACAGUUUGUGGUAAAAGAUUCACCCACAAGGUAAAUAUGUUGUCACACAUGAAAACACACACUGGGGAAAAACCCUUUAGUUGCUCGGUGUGUGAUAAAAAAUUCACUCAUAAGGUAAAUAUGGUAUCACACAUGGGAACGCACGCAUCAGAAAAACCCUUUAGUUGUUCGAUUUGUGCUAAAAGAUUCAUUUACAAGGUAAGUAUGGUGUCACACAUGCGGAUACACACAGGAGAAAAACCUUUUAGCUGUGCAAUUUGUGGAGAAUGUUACUCCCAACAGUGGGAUUUGACUCGACACAUGCAGAGACACACGGGAGAAAAAUCCUUUAGUUGCAUAGUCUGUGGUAAGAAGUUUGCCCGCAAGGACGUUUUGCUUAAACACAAACGAACACACACAGGAGAAAAACCCUUUGUGUGCUCCAUUUGCAGCGAGAGCUUUUCCAACAAGAGCAAUUUAGAUGUUCACAUGCGGACACACACGGGUGAAAAACCCUACAGUUGCUCGCUUUGCACCAAAACAUUCAAUCAAAAGGCGCACAUGUUGUCACACGCGAGAACACACACAGGAGAAAAACACUUUAAUUGCUCGCUGUGCGCGGACAGCUUUUCGUGUAAGAGAAAUUUCACUCGACACAUGCGAGGACACACGGGAGAAAAUCUCAGUUGCACGGUCUGUGGCAAAAAUUAUUCCUAUGAGAAAAGCCUGGCGGCACACAUGCUGACACACGACAAAAAGUAAUUGUUUUCCUUUCCACUUUGCUUCUUAGAGAUGGUGAAAUGUAUACGAAGUCAUCUAGAAAGUGAUGAUCUGCUGUGUGUGAGUUCCAAGUUAAGAACCACAACAUUAAAUGGGCCCUAUGCUCUUAAUUUCAGUUAAAAUGUUAUUUGAUCCAUGUCCCAUAUAAUAAUAAGUUUAUUUCAAUUAAAUUGACCAUAAAUUUUAAGGUUGCAAUUGUAUACAGGGUAGUUUCCUCACAUUUCUGUCUUUUGGACUACAGAAGUGUGCAUGAGGGAUCAUGAAAAUGAUUGGUUGGUAGAUUAUUUCCAUCAUGUAACAGUGACUCUAAAGAAAUACUUCAUACUUUCACUAUCCCAGAAAAUUUAUAUAAUUUAAUAAUAAUAGUUAAGGUGGUGUCUCUCUUAAGGGGUGAAAUAGGCUGUCUUCGUCGCGUGAAGAAGCCCAGAAUGUUUGCUGAAUGUGCUCUGACUCCAUGCGCUCUGAAUACUCACUGCUGAUUGGCUGUUGCCGCUGUACCUGUAACCAAUCAGAUGGUUGUGUGGGUGGGACAAUGCUGGGUGCUGCAGAGACCUACUGACAGAAGCGGAGGCAGUACAAAUCGUAGCAGUUAGUUUAGCACCAAAUGAUAAUAUAAAUAUGUGACAGACUUAAGCCGUCGUGCGUGUUUAAUGGACCACCCAGGAAGGACAUUCUCGAUCAGCAGGUUUGACUCUUGUUUAUUUUGCAAUAAACGAUGUAUUUUGCGCCGUCGCCGCUCCUGUCGCUCGCUCUCCGUUGUCUCGCUCCUCGUCUCUUGCUCUCCGGUUCGCGUCUCCGUCUCUCGUGUCUUGCUUCCUACUGCUUCAGCUCUCCAGCCACUGCUGCGGAAUCUCCACCUCAUUCCGCCUCACCCUCCUCCGCUGCUGCCCUUUUAUACAGGCAGAGGAGAUUUAUUGAUUGUCUAUAGGUGUGCGAUCCACGCACCUGAACUUCAUUGCGGCCUUGCUCCCGGCACGCCCCGCCUCUCCGCUCGGCCGCAUUCUCCACCUCCUUGCCGCCAUCUUGGGCCAGGCUCCAGCGUACCCUGCUCCGCUGCUCGUUCGCCGGCUGCGCCUCUCCACAAAAUAGAUUUUAUAAAGUCAAUUACAAAUAAGGCAUCAAGAGAUGUAUCCUACACUUCUCUUUUGUAAAGUAAAUCUGAACAGCCGAUAUUGGCAUUUGCAUCAACCGUAUGAUUUGCCUGAGAAACUGGACAGGACAAAAUAAUAUAUAUAUUAUUAUUAUUAUUAUUGGGUUUUUUUUUUUUUUUUUAAGACUUUAGUUUAGGCGGUGGAACUUUGUUGUUAAGGCGGCGGCCUUAACAACAAAACGCUGCGGGAAACCCUGAAAUGAGCAUCCAAAUGCGAGUAAUUGCACUGUUGAUUAAAUUUGGUGGAAAUUGUGUGUCCAACGUGAAUAUCAUUUAAUUGUAUGUUUGUGCUGUGCACAUCCUGUGUAAUAAAUGCAGUCUUGAUGCUAAA